AUUUCUAAGACAACUAAAUAGAAAAUUUAAUAACAUUAAGACAAUUUUAUUGCUUAACGACAAUGAUGUUGUAGUUGUAGCUGAAGAUAAUAUCCCUGACCAGCAGCCAGUUAUCCAUGAGGACAGUCGGUCAGUGGAAACUAUACUGAAAAUAACAACUGAAGACAACAUUACUAAACAACGACAACAACUAUCGAUUGUCGGACAACCAGACGAUUUGAUAACACUAGAGAUGUCCAGUGGUUCGACUAAUUGUCGUCAAAAAGCUAUUAUAUGGACAAACCGUCAGUGGUUGGCACUGAUGGCCAUUGAACAACAUCGGGAAGUAUUGCCGCUGACCGCUGACGACAUAAUGCUAUCGCGAACAUCGUUUCACUUAAUGGGUGUACGCUAUCUAUUCUAUACUAUAGUAGCAUCAGAUAGCGCACAGUUAGUCAUAGUUAGUAGUAGUCUAUCCACUGAUCAAAAAUUUCAAGCAAUACACGACUAUAGUGUGACCAUGUAUUUUGCUUUACCGACCGAACUGUGGUUUCUGGCCAAACAUUACCGUAAAUAUGAUAAACAAUAUUUGAAAUCAUUGCGUGACCUACGAGUUGGCGGCGAUUCAAUAAAUAAUGAGAUUUAUAACAAAAUCAAUCGAUUGUAUGGAUUCAAUAAAUUUAGAAAAACUUACGGUAUGUCUGAGUGUGGUUUAGUAUUUAUAGUGCCGUCCAGUGAACAGAAUAUUGCUAACCAUACGGACAGUAUUGGCAAAGUCGGUCCCGGACUGGAAGUCAAGAUUAUUGACACAAUUAGUGGCAAUAGUUUACCGGCCAAUCAAACGGGACAGAUAUGUAUACGCGGACCAACUUUAACACCAGGAUAUUAUGGUAAUCCCAGUGCUACCAAACAAUUGUUUACCACCGAUGGCUUCCUAUUGAGUGGUGAUCUCGGAUACUAUGAUGAGAACGAGUACUUCUAUUUUGUCGGUCGAUUGAAAGAUAUUAUUAUAUUUGAUGCUAAAAAUAUUUCGCCAAAAGAGCUGGAAUUGCAACUAAUGACACAUCCGUUGGUCGAUAGGGCGGCUGUUUUGGGUAUCGAUGACCAACAGUACGGACAGAUACCCCGGGCUUUUGUUACACUUAUAGCCACCGAUGCCGACGACAAUACUGAUGAUACUGAUGGGGUGAUGAAGCUUAAGGAACGGGAUAUACAACAGUAUGUCAAUGAAAGAGUCAAUGUAUAUAAACAGCUAAGGGGUGGUGUUAAAAUAAUUGAUAAAAUGCCCAUGACCAGUUUGGGCAAAAUUAGCAAGUUAAGCGGAAAAUUCAUCGAAAGAAAUCAGAUAUUGUUUUAUAAAAAUGUCGAAAGUCUGGCAAACUUGAAGACAGUGGACAUCACUAUAAACUGGCGAACAAGUCUUGGAUUGGAUAUCAUCAUCGGUGACAAUAAGUUGUAUUCAUUGCCGAAAACUAUACAAUCGCUGUCACUAAAAGUGGUCAACAAUUCUAUUAAAUUAUUUAUUAGCUUUACAGCCACUUAUGGCCAACAAAUCACUACAUUGGAUCUAUUGGUCGAUGAAUUUGAAAAUAAAAACAAAUUUCAAAAGAAACUGACCGGCGGUUUGUCACAAAUGCAACAAUUGAAACAACUGGCCAUUAGAUUGCCCGCCGAUGGUUUCGGCACCGAUCAGACCGUACGACUGUUGACAACAAUUGGCCGCCGGUGUCGACAACUGAUAGAGUUUAGCUAUUCAUUAAGCCAUUCAUCGACUACUGGCUUAAUUGACCGAAUAUUUACGGCAAUCGGUGAACAUAUGUCACCACAAUUGAGACGAUUAUCAGUGAAAUGUCUUGGAUUGAAAUAUUUGACACAAUCUCUAUGCAAGAGUAGUCGGAUAAUCGGUGAUCAGUUUUUAGGUGAUAUUCAUCGCAAUCUUCCGCGACUACAGUCUAUACAUUUGGACAAUACGUUCAUCACUGAGAAGUCGAUCCGGGCUUUGGUACAGUUGGCACAUCUCAGGGAUGUCUUUCUCCGAUGUGAUGGACAUCCACUGACAACAAGUGAAUCCUAUAUUAGACAACAUUUACUAAAUGGUACUAAAGUUAAACACUUGUAUAUUGAAUACUGGGAUUCAAUAAAUAGACUACAAGUGUUUAAAUACGGAAAAUGUCAUCAAUAA